UCGUUUUUGUUUUUUUCUUUUCGUAUGCUGUGUCAUUCAUUUCGUUCUGUCCUACCCUUACUAAGUAAAAAAAAACACUAACACCAUUAACCAAGAAUCCUGGGACUUACCCUUACUGUUAGAAUUGUUGCAGUACGUGACAGAGGAACCAUCCGCCAACCGCUUCGAUCUGUUGCUUGUUUUGCAGAAAUGUCCGCUCCUACAGGGAGACUCCAACCGCAAAGAUUUGCGGCUCUUCCCUCUCAUUUAACCUCUGAAAACAAAUUCUGGAACUCAUUUAAGGUUCCAAUUGUUGCAAAAGAGUAUGCAGCUGUAACCAAUAUUAAUUUCUCUCAAAGUUCGCCCUACGACUUUGCUGUGACUAGCGGAACUCGAAUUCAAAUUUAUGGUGCCAGUUCUCGUUCUGUGAAAAAAACUAUCGCCCGGUUUAAGGAUACAGUAUACUCGGGAAAUAUUCGAAAUGAUGGCAAGCUUAUUGUUGCAGGAGACGCGACUGGUCUCAUUCAGGUUUUCGAUACUGCUACAAGAAGUGUAUUAAGAUCACUGAACUCACACAAUUUGCCCGUCCGUGUGACUAAGUUCUGUCCUUAUGAAGCAACAUCGUUUCUGUCUGGUUCAGAUGACAAAACUGUCCGAGUUUGGGAUCUCUCCACGGGAAGAACAACUGUAGAACUCACCGGACAUGAGGAUUACGUACGCUGUGCUUCUUGGAGCAGUGCUACGCGACUUGUCAGUGGUAGUUAUGAUGGUACAGUCCAUCUAUGGGAUAUACGGUCUAGCAAUCCCAAAGUGAUGUCUUGGAGCCACGGUGAAGCAGUGGAUGCUGUGUUGAGUAUGAAGUCCGGCACAGCCGUUAUUUCUGCCGGUGGUCCGUCGGUCAAAGUUUGGGACUUGGUUGCUGGUCGGUCAAUUCCCAUGAAGACACUCAUCAAUCAUCAAAAGAGUGUUACAUGUCUUACCACAAAUGCGGACGAAUCUCGUUUGCUUAGCGGUGGUUUAGAUGGUCAUGUCAAAAUUUACAAUGUUGCCGACUGGAAGGUGGUCCAUGGUAUCAAGUACUCUGCACCUAUCUUGUCACUUGGCCUCUCUCCUGAUAACCGCAAUCUUGUUACUGGUAUGGUCAAUGGAACGUUGUCCAUCCGUUCACGUCGCGUCGAGAAAAAACCUUCGGAGCUGUCACAAAGAAAGCUUUUCUUGGGAGGUGUUGGAAGCGCAUUUGGCGUUCAACAACAGAAAAAGCCUACUUAUAAGGGCCAAAAUGAUGACUUCUAUGUUGAAGAAGUCAGAAGAAAGCGUCUUCGUCCAUAUGAUAAGGCCUUGAAAACGUUCAAUUAUGCUGAUGCUCUUGACAUGGCCAUUCAAAAUGGUUCCCCUAUCUUAAUUGUCACCAUGUUUGUCGAGCUCAUGAACAUCGGGGGUUUGCGUACGGCUUUGAUGAACCGCGACGAUCUUUCGUUGACACCGAUUCUUAACUUUCUUCGCAAAUACAUGCAAGAUCCUCGGUUUGUUAAGGUUCUGUGUCAAGUCGCCUCCACAAUUAUCGACAUCUACGGUGUCUUCUUGGGCGGCAGUGUGCUUGUCGAGAAGGCAAUUUUGAAACUAAAGGAGAAGGUUGAACGGGAAGCAGCAAUUGCACAGCAAGCAAGUGAGCUCUCAGGCAUGCUUCAAAUGCUUAUUGCUUAAGAAUUUUCAUUCAUUUGUUUGAUGUAGCAGAUUUGGUGGUCUACUGGUUCUCUGGCUGGCGUGUAGGAUAAAAUUAUCGCGUUGAAAUUGAAUUUAUGGGAUAUUAAAAUAAAAGAACUGGAAUUAGUUUAUUAAAAAUAGAAGCUUUCACCUCUUUGAGUAAAC